AUGGCGCAUGAAGAUGCCGACCCAUUUGAGUUUCGAUACUCUGAUGCAAAAGAUAAAAUCAUGCUCUUUGUUGGCGUUAUCUUCGCCUUGGCCGUCGGCUGUUCAUUUCCUGUGAACUUGGUUAUAUUUUCAAGCGUUAUAAAUUUGCUGACCUCUCCUCUACCUGUAAAUCUUGAUGAGAUGCGCAUAAUGGUCGGAUGGUUUUGCUUGCUGGGAGUUGUCACACUGAUUUUGGCGUUCAUAGAGAUAUUCAACUUUAGCUAUUCAGCUAGACGACAGAGUCGUCGAAUCCGUCUCAAACUCUUUAAGCAAAUACUUCGACAAGACGUCCCGUGGUUCGACCGUCAGUCGUUGGGCGAUCUUAUUACGAAAUUGACGUCGAAUAUCGAACAAAUUGAGACUGGCAUCGGCGAGCGCCUUGGUCGAUUUAUCCAGAAUGCGGCCAUGUUUAUCUCUUGUUAUGUAUGCGCCUUUAUAAACAACUGGAAGAUUGCUCUGGUUGGACUGAGUGCAGCACCACUCAUUGUGCUUGCCUUUUCCGUCAUGGGCCUUACAAUGAGUAACUUUGCCUUGAAGGAGCAGAGAGCUUAUUCAAAGGCAAAUAAUGUUGCCAGUGAGGUUUUCAACGCCAUCAAAACAGUAUUUGCUUUCAUUGGGCAGGAGAAAGAGAAGCAGCGUUACUCCUCCCAACUCGGUGCUGCUGCGAAAGUCUCCUUCUUAAAGAAUGUUAUGCUUGGUUUUGGUAUUGGCUUGAUUGGUGGCUCCAUUUUUGCAGCGGCAGGGUUGACCUUUUGGUUUGGUGUAAAGGAGCAUAUGGAUGGUCAACCAAAUACCGAAAGUGGAACCAUUGUUUCUGUCGUUCUCGCCUUCAUCGUUGGCAGCAUUGCAUUGGGUUUGGUGUUGCCGGAAUUCUCCUACUUUACUAGGGCUACAGCUGCGGCCUCAAGUACAUACUGGAUCAUUGAACGUGUUCCCAAGAUUGAUAAGGACGCUUCAGGCUUGCAGCUCGAUAACAUGCACGGCUCUAUCGAAUUCCGCAAUGUCUCUUUCGCCUAUCCCAUGCGACCGGACGUUGUGGUGAGUGUUUUUGAGAACAUUCUGACACCUCAUUCCUAA